GGGAUGAACAAGAUUCUUCCUGGCUUGUUCCUUGGAAAUUUUAAAGAUGCCCGUGACACCGAACAGCUGAAAAAGAACAACAUAACGCACAUUCUUUCGAUCCACGACAGUGCCAGGCCCAUGGUGGAGUCGAAUCCCACAGGAUUGCAUUGGGAGGAAAAAUUCGUAAGUAGAAGCAACCCUAUCUAAAAAUUCGUAAGUAGAAAAAAUCCUAUCUAAACUGCAUCCAAGAUGGCGGACGGAGCUCCAUUCGUAAGUAGAAACAUUUGUAAGUAGAGUUAUUUGUAAGUAGAGGUACCACUGUAUUUGGAUGGUAACAUUUAGAAAGGCUGAAAUUUAUGGCCAAGAGCAUAAUCUCACAACCCCACCAUCACCACCACAGCAAGAAAGGUUUGCUCAGUUUGAAAGCCUAGGUUACACUGUGGUUAUUUGAUGUGUAACCAAUUUGGUGAGCUUAAUGUGCACCCGGCUGGGUUUAUUCUUUUUUGACAUAUAUUGCCAUCCACUUGGAAAGUUGCCUUGAAUUUUCUGUGAUUGGCGACAAAGGUUCCAUCCGCACUCUGCGUUUAAAGCAGUAUCAUGCCACUUUAAACAGCCCUGGCUUCCCCCACAGAAUCCUAGGAAUAGGAAUUUCCUACACUCAGCACCCUAGAAAGGAUUCUUCAGAGGAAGCCAUGGCUGGCAUGAUACUGCUUUAAAUGUAUAGUACGGAUGGGUUGAAUUGGAUAGCAGUGAGGUUAAAAAUCAGUGGGAGUUCUGGCAUCUCUUCUUUUUAGAUGUGGAUGCAUACUUUUAAGAAGAUCCAAAUUUAUAGGCACAAGGGCAAUCUGACUAACAUGUCUGCCAGAGUUUACAGGGUAAAUUUUCACAGUAAGUUCAUGUUUUACAAAACUGAUGGGGGAAACUCUGCUAAGAAAGAAACACCAUUCCACCUACCGUAUAUGCUUCUGGCAGGAUAGUUUCACAUGAGUUGGAUUUGUUCCAGAUUAUAAUAGGGAUGAUUGUUCACUCUUAAGGCUUUAUGAAUUGACUGAGAAAUCUGGGAGGCAAUUUUAUUUUUCUUUAGUUACAGGAUGCAAUUCUGCAGGGAAUGGUGCUGUAAAUUUCAUCACACCUCGAUCCGUUUUAUCAAUUUACUGUCAAAUUUGUGGCUUUUAAGAUUCAGAGGUUUCAUAGUACAGGCUAUCAGCCUAAUUAAAUGUUUCUCUGGUUUGUAUUUGAGAUUUUUCUAUGUGUGAAGCACUGUCUGAUUUCAUUUGAUGGGUAUCAGUUUCCCUGUUACUUGUCACAUUUGAAUUUUAUCCUUAUUCUCCAAGCUGAGGGCAGGACACACACACAGGGACACACACACACACACACACCUGGCCUCUUCUGUAGUCUGUGCCCUCAUAGCGUUAAAGAAUCAAACACAAUCGUGAUCUGAAAGCAUUGUUUGGAAUCUGAGGAAAGCCCAGGUUCCACUGAUCUUUUCAGAGAAGCAUUGGGCUUACUUGAAAUGAUCCUUUUGACUUUGUCUGAAGAAGUUUUCGUUCAAGAGUUUACCAUUGGAGUUUAAAUGUUUCUUAUAUUUUGGUUCUCACCACCAUUAAUUCAGUUGCAUGAUGAUCUAUUUUUGUAAGGCGAUGUCAAUCGGAACAACACUCAAUGGUGGCCAGUGCAUUUCUGAAGCAAAUUCAAUCUUAAGAGUGUGAUUCAAUGACCCCUUUUAUUAGUGGUGGAAUGGAACUUGUCCUGGUCGGUUAUUCUCUUGAGUUCGGAAAUAAUUGCACAACCCACCUUAGUUGGUUGCUGCCUUCUUGUUUUUGAAUUUUGCACACCCUGUUUUCUUCAUGCGUUUUCAACAAAUAUUUCAACGAUAAAAUAACGGUGAAAUGGCUUUGCUUAUCGCUGGAACUUUUGAAUAUUUUCAAUAAUAAAAUGAGUCACGUACUGUACUUGGGUGACUGCUCUUUAAAGCAACUGAAAGGACAAAUAAACAAAUUACUGGGGGUUUUCUCCCCCUUCCCCCCGAUGUGGUUCUGUAGCUGUCCUGGGCAGAACUCUUGAUAACCUCUUGUUGUGCUCAAGAAAACCUUGAGAAACCAACUGUUUCCUACUUAAGCCGUUUUGAUAAAAUGCCUCUCAUCCGAAAGAGGUAUGUCCACCCCUCAUCUGUUGAUGUGGCAAGUCAAAAUAACGCAUAGGGGUUUUUUUUGGGCUAACCUGAAAGAACUUGCCAGGUGUUCGAGGGUUUUUAUUUGCAUCUGCCUUCAAAAUGAGGUGCCCUAAGGUUUUGUUUUUGGCUCUUAAAGUGUUUCUUGGAAGCUGUCGUUGAAAGGUUUACAUAAAUUUAAAUACCGAGAAGUUCAAUGCCAAAAAUAAGGCAUUUCUUUCUUUCUUUCUUUCUUUCUUUCUUUCUUUCUUUCUUGCUUGCUUGCUUGCUUGCUUGCUUGCUUGCUUGCUUGCUUAAUUUCAGCCUAGAAAUUUGUGGUCAUUUAGGACAGCUCAAAAGUCCUGAUUGGUUAUUGCCCUUUCCAUUUUUAAAAAGAUGAUGAUUCAUAAGUUUCCAAGAAGUCAGGCAUCUAAAGUUUCUGAAGUUUCAAAGCAAACUUUCAAACGGGGAGAUUGGUGUUAGAUCAGUGGAAUUAAAUAUCUGAUCCCAGAUUUGUUUGAACAGCAUGUAAUUGAUAGAAUGUACUUAAAACUAGGUGGUUACAUUUUCUUCUUUCACCACAAAUUUAGAGUACUUGGAUUACUAGCUUAAAGAACUUGAAUAAGUAUUCUUUUCGCUGAGAAUGUGUAUCUAAGAAUGAAACAGCUUGUUUAAUGUGGACAUUUGUUCCAUUUAAGUUUGUUUGAAAGUAAAGAAAUUACACUUUGGCUUCAUUACUUUUUUAAAAUCUGUUGUUCUCAUUCAUUUAUAGCAAUCAAAGGCAAGUUGCUAUUGUACAGUCUGGAGAUUUUGAUCUUACUAUCCUGUGUUUGCUCAUUCUUUAUUCUUUUAAAUGAACAAGAAUUGGGACCUAGUUAAAAACAACAACAAUUACUGAGUGGCCUGUCUCCUUCGGAAUCAGAAGUGGUGUUAUGUGGCUAACAAAAUUGUGAAGCAGAAUUUUCAAAUUGUUGUUGGUUCUCUAGAGUGUUAAAACAGAGGCUAAAAUACCUUUCUAAAGAGAUAACCAGCUGUUCAGUUCCAUGCCCUAGGAAUUUUAAAGCAUUUUCUUUAUACAAUUUUUAUUUGUAUUUUCUAUAUAAAUGUAGAACUCAUUGUGGGUUUCGUGAACAAAUCUGUUAACUAGCUUAAAGUACUUACUGUCAUGGUUUUCCUGUUAACUGAAAACAAAUACAUGGUUUUGGAAAAUCUGAAAUAUAUGUAAAUUUUGAUGACAGCUUUUCUUUAAAACGCAAAAUGGAGUGAGUAGUUUUUAUCUGGACCAAGCCUAGCAUCAUAAUUUUUUUAGCACCUUGACCUGGUACCAGCUUGAUAGCUGUUUGAGUAAUAAGAGCAAAUAUCAGACAUUCUGCAGAGCUGAACUCUUGCUUCUUUCAGCUUUGACGAUCUUGAAAUCAGAAUACUUGCGCUAGUUUUGUUAACUCUCCCUUUGUAUCGGUUUAACAGUUCUCUUGACUUUCAGGGCCUAAAGAGAAAUAAAAAAGCUUCUCUUUGUGGUUACUCUUGUCUGAUGAAAUAGAAAACUGAGAGGAAAAUGAAUUUAUUGGCUUCCAAUGCACGCCUUUUCGAAGGCACUGGAAUUUGGAUAAAUUGGCCUAGUUGUAUUUUGACGGAUUUUCGCUUUCUGUUGGUUGGUGUCCCGCUCUAGAUAUUAUGCCAGCAACUCCAUACCCUCCAACAUGAUGUCGGGGAAAAUGAGAACACCCUAUUCUGGGGCCACACUCCUACGUGAGUCAUGUGACCUGCGCGAGAUUGCAGUCCCAAAGAAAGCACUUUUUUGGACACUGCACCCAAAAAGUGCAUUUGGGCACCGCACAAGAUCGUGCCCCCCCCCCAAAAGUUUUUUUUUCAGGCAUAGUGCCCCAAAAUGUGUGAUAUUGUGUUUUGGGGGGUGAGAUGACAUCCCGAAAUCACAUGAGACCAUGGUGCCCAAAAUAUCCACCAUGCUCUCGCAGGAAAAAAUGGGAUGCCCCUGUUUUUCUGGGACAGUUGUGGGGUAUGCAACCCUGAUGUAGUAAGUUUCAGGGUGAGGCUCUUGUCAUGAUGACCUGUGAUAAGACAGAUUUUUUUACAGCGCUACUUAGAAAAUGCCUACACAAAAUUGGGAAUUUGCAUGAAACUGCUCAUGCUUGGUAACUCUGUUUGAUGCUCCCCCCCACCAUAUGUAAGUAACCCAAUUUUUAUGCCUCUAUCCUGCUCUUUAUAUUGUGGUAUUCAAUGCAGAUUGGAUGAAGUUGUUCACAAUGCCACAGAAUCAUUGAAAUUGGAGGGGAUGUGAUUCAAAGACCGGCUGGAAUCAGCGGGAUCUUCCAUUCACCCCACUGCCAUGUAUUCGCCAGCCUUGCCUUUGGGAGUGAAGUACCUGUGCAUUCCUGCUGCAGAUUCGCCCUCACAGAAUUUGGUCAGACACUUCAAAGAAAGCAUUGAGUUUAUCCAUGAAUGCCGACUUGGAGGUCAGAGCUGCCUUGUUCACUGCCUUGCCGGCGUUUCCAGGAGUGCCACCUUGGUUGUGGCCUACAUAAUGACAAUCACUGAUCUUGGCUGGGAGGAUGCGCUGUCGGUAGUGCGAGCUUCGAGAUCGUGCGUCAACCCGAACGCGGGCUUCCAACGGCAGCUGGAAGAGUUUGAGAAAACUGAGCUUGCUCACGUCAGAGAGUGGCUGAGGGCUGAGUAUGGAGAAAGCCCGUUGCAAGACAAGCAAGAAGCCCAAGAUCUUCUGCAGAAGUUCAAGGCGCAUGCAGCAGCAGCAGCAACAGCUCAGUCAAGUACUUCUGGAAGGCAGUGGAAUGAUAGCUUUGCAUCUGUGGCCUCCUUGUCCAUGCCUGCUCCUCAGUAGCAGCAGCCAACACACGGAUGCAUUGCUUUUCCGUGGCUUUGUUUGGACAACAUGAUAAAUCAUCAUGGUGGGAAUGAGCCUAGGUAUGUCUUGGACCCACACAUUUCCCCUCCUCUCCUCCCCGCACAACCACAAAGAGAAUGGAGGUUUUAGAUUAACCACAGUUUAGCUUGUGUCUGAACCCUAAAUUGUAGCUCAUCAUAACUACGGCAUGUUGAAACAAGACAGCUUCAUAAACCAUGGCUUGACGUUGGAUUGUUUCAGAACACCAUUGUUAAGAUUAACUAUGUCCAACUAUUUGCAUGGAUAUGCCCAAGUUUAGAGGACACAACAAAUGGUAGUUAAUAAAAAAACAGAAGUAAAAAAACUCCUUGUGGCUGUGCUAGAGAGGGGAGGGAGGAAGCACAUGAACCCAAGGCCCUCCUAGACCCAUUUCCAUCACAAUAAACCAUAGUUUGAUCAUGAUGUCUAAACACAGCCAGUCACUAGGGAGGGCACCUUUUCUGCCCCCCUGCACAUGCACAAAGAGGGCUUGUUUUGUAUGUAAUGGUUCCAUGAUGAGAUGUCUUACGUUUUCUUAGUAAGUAUAUCUCUGAGAUAUGAGGAGCAGAACUCCAGAAUCACAACUUGGCACCACACUCGCAGGUUGACAUUGGCUUCCAUUAUGUGGGCACCAAGCCCCACUUUCUCUUCCAGUGGCUGGGUAAAGAAGAUGCCACGUUCUAACUGUCGAGAUGCCAAAUUGUUUUCUAUGUAUCCCUCGCGUGUUCUUCAGGUUGUCUGUAUAACCAGGGUUUGGCACAGCUGCACUUUUCAAAGUUUCUGGUUCUUUCGGCAUGUAAUGCUCUAAAUAAGCUUGAGCUCUGGUUUUGGUGCAGGAAGCCCCUUGGCUGAAGAGGCAAGCCAUUUUCCAAUGUAAAAAAAACAGCUGCUCUCUUCAGCGACAGGGAAAUGCUGAAGUCACAUCAGGGGACAAAGCUCUGGUUGUGUGCAUGGUUGUCUCUUGUGUAUAUCCCUUCUUAAAUUAUCUUGGAAUGUAUGGCUAAUAAAGUUAUAUAUUUUGCUCUAGAGUGAAGCAGAAGUAUCACAAAUAACCUCAUCAGUAUUUAUUUUCAUGGCUUUCACCUCAGAGAAGUUGUUCACUCAAAAUAUUUUUAUAUUUUGGAGGGAUCUGAAAGUAUAUUGCAAGAUGUAUAUGGAGAGAAAAACUAAAGAUACAAUGGCUUUUGUGCUGAAUUAAAGUUCUGAAUGUUAUUCUCACAGUACUACUGAAAAAAGCUUUCUUGUAUAUUAGGCAGCUUGAUUGAGUUCCAUCUUUAAUUGCCCUUACCAAUGGCAUAUAUUCAAUAAAAGCUCCAGUCUUUUUGUAAAUAAAAAGCCAGUGUUAUCUCAUUGCAUUUUUCUGGAUAAAAAUCAUUGCGGUUGACAUCAGUUGUUGGUGAUGCCAUUGAAUGAUCAACCAACCUGAGUGUGUUAUGGAAUCUGAACAAACUCCCAGAAGACAAUCAGAUUUGUGAGCUGUGUCUUAUCUAUAGGAGAAAUGAGCCGUCUGGAUUCAUCAUAGUGGUGAAAAAUGUCCCACUAAAGUUAAGAAGUGGGGAACCCCCUCCCAAGAUCAUUAGGGCUAG